AGCCACUGCCUGGAGUCAGCCAGCCUCAUCGGACUUCUGCAGGCACUCGCGACGCAACUACCCAGUCCUGCCACGGUCUAUCCGGCCGCACCAGCAAUCUCAGCGUCUUUACCGGACUCGAAGUCCUUGUCCUUCACUUCGCCUUCUCCACCACUCCGGGCUGCUGAGCUCCGGUGCACACAGGCUCCGCGUUGGGCACAAAGGCUCCACCAUGGAGCUCCUCAGGGGACUAGGCGUCCUGUUCCUGUUGCAUGUGUGUGGAAGCAACCGCAUUCCAGAGUCUGGGGGAGACAAUGGUGUGUUCGACAUUUUUGAACUCAUUGGAGGUGCCCGCAAGGUUCCGGGUCGCCGACUGGUGAAGGGCCAAGAUCUAUCCAGCCCCGCCUUCCGGAUCGAGAAUGCCAACCUGAUCCCCCCUGUGCCAGAUGACAAGUUCCAAGACCUACUGGACGCUGUGUGGGCCGACAAAGGCUUCAUCUUCCUGGCUUCCUUGAGGCAGAUGAAGAAGACUCGGGGCACACUCCUGGCCGUGGAACGGAAAGACAAUUCUGGCCAGAUCUUCAGUGUGGUCUCCAAUGGCAAAGCCGGCACCCUCGAUCUGAGUCUGAGCCUGCCCGGGAAGCAGCAAGUGGUGUCAGUGGAGGAAGCUCUCCUGGCCACUGGCCAGUGGAAGAGCAUCACGCUGUUUGUCCAAGAAGACAGGGCCCAGCUCUACAUUGACUGUGACAAGAUGGAGAGCGCAGAGCUGGAUGUUCCCAUCCAGAGCAUCUUCACCAGGGAUUUGGCCAAUGUCGCCAGGCUCCGAGUCGCAAAGGGAGAUGUCAAUGACAAUUUUCAGGGGGUGCUGCAGAAUGUGAGGUUUGUCUUUGGAACCACCCCAGAAGACAUUCUCAGGAACAAAGGCUGCUCCAGUUCAGCUACCAACGUCCUUCUCACCCUUGACAACAACGUGGUGAACGGUUCCAGCCCUGCCAUCCGCACCAACUACAUCGGCCACAAAACAAAGGACCUCCAAGCCAUCUGUGGCCUCUCCUGUGACGAACUAUCCAGCAUGGUCCUGGAACUGAGGGGCCUGCGUACCAUCGUGACCACGCUACAGGACAGCAUUCGAAAAGUGACGGAAGAGAACAGAGAGCUGGCUAGCGAGCUGAGGCGGCCUCCCCUCUGCUUCCACAAUGGAGUCCAAUACAGGAACAACGAGGAGUGGACUGUAGAUAGUUGCACAGAGUGUCACUGCCAGAACUCAGUUACCAUCUGCAAAAAGGUGUCCUGUCCCAUCAUGCCCUGCUCCAAUGCCACAGUUCCUGAUGGUGAAUGCUGCCCACGGUGCUGGCCCAGUGACUCUGCUGACGAUGGCUGGUCUCCCUGGUCUGAGUGGACCUCUUGCUCUGCCACCUGUGGCAAUGGGAUUCAGCAACGUGGUCGCUCCUGUGACAGCCUCAACAACAGAUGUGAGGGCUCUUCAGUACAGACGAGGACCUGCCACAUUCAGGAGUGCGACAAAAGAUUUAAACAGGAUGGUGGUUGGAGUCACUGGUCCCCGUGGUCGUCCUGUUCUGUGACCUGUGGUGACGGUGUGAUCACGAGGAUCCGACUCUGCAACUCCCCCAGCCCCCAGAUGAACGGGAAGCCCUGUGAAGGUGAAGCUCGGGAGACCAAAGCCUGCAAGAAGGACGCCUGCCCAAUCAAUGGAGGCUGGAGUCCCUGGUCACUAUGGGACAUCUGCUCUGUCACCUGUGGAGGAGGAGUACAGAGACGUAGCCGACUCUGCAACAACCCCACACCCCAGUUUGGAGGCAAAGACUGUGUUGGUGAUGUGACGGAAAAUCAAGUUUGCAACAAGCAGGACUGUCCGAUUGAUGGAUGCCUGUCCAAUCCCUGCUUUGCUGGUGCCAAGUGUACGAGCUAUCCUGAUGGUAGCUGGAAAUGUGGUGCGUGUCCUCCUGGCUACAGUGGAAAUGGUAUCCAGUGCAAAGACGUCGACGAGUGCAAAGAAGUGCCUGAUGCUUGCUUCAAUCACAACGGAGAACAUCGGUGCAAGAACACAGAUCCUGGCUACAACUGCCUGCCCUGCCCACCACGAUUCACCGGCUCACAGCCCUUCGGCAGAGGUGUCGAACACGCUAUGGCCAACAAACAGGUGUGCAAACCCCGAAACCCCUGCACCGACGGGACACACGACUGCAACAAGAACGCCAAGUGCAACUACCUGGGUCACUACAGCGACCCCAUGUACCGCUGUGAGUGCAAGCCUGGCUACGCAGGCAAUGGCAUCAUUUGCGGAGAGGACACAGACCUUGACGGCUGGCCUAAUGAAAACCUGGUGUGUGUGGCCAACGCAACUUACCACUGCAAAAAGGACAACUGCCCCAAUCUUCCCAAUUCGGGGCAGGAAGACUAUGACAAGGAUGGGAUUGGCGAUGCCUGUGAUGACGAUGAUGACAACGACAAGAUUCCUGAUGACAGGGACAACUGUCCAUUCCAUUACAACCCAGCCCAGUAUGACUAUGACAGAGAUGAUGUGGGAGACCGCUGUGACAAUUGCCCCUACAACCACAACCCUGACCAGGCAGACACAGACAACAAUGGGGAGGGAGAUGCCUGCGCUGUGGACAUCGAUGGGGAUGGAAUCCUCAAUGAACGAGACAACUGCCAGUAUGUUUACAACGUGGAUCAGAGGGACACGGACAUGGAUGGGGUUGGAGACCAGUGUGACAACUGCCCCCUGGAACACAAUCCAGACCAGCUGGACUCUGACUCGGACCGCAUAGGGGACACCUGUGACAACAAUCAGGACAUCGAUGAGGAUGGCCAUCAGAACAACCUGGACAACUGUCCCUAUGUGCCCAAUGCCAACCAGGCCGACCACGAUAAAGAUGGUAAAGGAGACGCCUGUGACCAUGACGAUGACAACGACGGCAUCCCUGAUGACAGAGACAACUGCAGGCUGGUGCCCAAUCCUGACCAGAAGGACUCUGAUGGUGAUGGCCGAGGCGAUGCCUGCAAAGACGACUUUGACCAUGACAAUGUGCCAGACAUUGAUGACAUCUGUCCUGAGAAUGUUGACAUCAGUGAAACCGAUUUCCGCCGAUUCCAGAUGAUUCCUCUAGAUCCCAAAGGAACCUCCCAAAAUGACCCUAACUGGGUUGUCCGCCAUCAGGGCAAAGAACUUGUCCAGACUGUAAACUGUGACCCUGGACUUGCUGUAGGUUAUGAUGAGUUUAAUGCCGUGGACUUCAGUGGUACCUUCUUCAUCAACACUGAGAGGGAUGACGACUAUGCUGGCUUUGUUUUCGGCUACCAGUCCAGCAGCCGCUUCUACGUUGUGAUGUGGAAACAAGUCACCCAGUCCUACUGGGACACCAACCCCACAAGGGCUCAGGGAUACUCAGGCCUGUCUGUAAAGGUUGUAAACUCCACCACUGGCCCCGGCGAGCACCUGCGGAAUGCACUGUGGCACACAGGAAACACCCCUGGCCAGGUGCGCACCCUGUGGCAUGACCCUCGUCACAUUGGCUGGAAAGAUUUCACUGCAUACAGAUGGCGUCUCAGCCACAGGCCAAAGACCGGUUUUAUCAGAGUGGUGAUGUAUGAAGGAAAGAAAAUCAUGGCUGACUCAGGACCCAUCUAUGACAAAACCUACGCUGGCGGUAGACUAGGCCUGUUCGUCUUCUCUCAAGAAAUGGUGUUCUUCUCGGACAUGAAAUACGAGUGCCGAGACUCCUAAUCACCACCCCGAUCAUAACCAGCCUGGCAUUGCACCUUCCGAAACCAAGGGCUAGAGAAAAACCCCUCCAGGAUCGCUUCUCCUCGCCUUCCCUGCCUCUCUUCUUGCAUAGUGUGGGCUUCUAGAGUCUGUGACCUGCCUCAAGAAAAUGCAGUUUUCAAACCUAGCCAGACUCAGAACUUGGCCUGUAAGGAGUGAGAAUGCAUCUUCUAAGAACAUGAAGAAUUACUUUGGUUUGCUUUUGAGAAAGCAAAAGCGACUAUUUACUUCCCACUGGGAAGGUGCCCACUCCACUCUGCCUUACUCACAGAGCCAGAGCUUCUGCGAGGCCAUCUCCGAGCUGCACACUCAGAAGCAUUUUCGGGCCUGUCAAAGAAAAAACAACAUGGCUCACUAGAACUCACUGCCAAACCACCUCUGACAUAAGUCCUCAGCAGGGGAGAGGCAGGAGCCAAAGCACUAGGAGCCAUGAACCCAAGAGAUGAUUGUGCAAAGAAAAGAUGGAGGAGCUGUUACUUGGUCGGUACUAAUCAUUUUCAGGGGACAGAGAAGGCUUGCUGCUUUCCUCAUGCUGCCCCUGAGAGCUGACUACCCAGUCUUCCACAGGCACCUGAGUGAGCAGGGGAGGGAGGGAAAUCCUGGCUCCUGGACUUCCUCCACACUGAAACUGUGGGCGUCUUCUGCAUGUAUAACAUGCGUGUCUAAGGACAGCAAGAGAGCCCUGCCGUCUCGGUGAGCUCUAGCUGCCUCCGCAGGAGGGGCAGUGCGCCUUCAUUUUAUGGUUAGAAAGGCACAAAAUUUUUAUCAACCUGAAACAUUCCUUUUUCUUUUUGCCUCAAUUAUCAUGGAGUUUUCCAAUUCUCUUCUGGUUUUUGUUUAACAAACGCUUUAACAAUGUAAUAUAUUUAUUUUUCCCCCUAUUCUGGAGGAUUCGUCUGAAGGAUUGUUAUUGAAACAGGAUGCGUGGGACUCUCUGAAUCAUCUUCAUAGUGAGUCUUUAUGACUGUAAGAUUGUAAAUACAGAUUAUUUAUUAACCCUGUUCUACCUGGAAUUAAACUGCAUAGAGCAAAUGUUUGCAAGCAGGUAGCUGAGGCUGUCAGCAAAUCUCUCCAAAACUAGUGUGGAAGUCAGCAGGAGCUGCUGGCUUUCAUUUGGGGGCUUAGAGCGAAUGAUUUGGACUCCUUUGGCUUUUCCCCUUGGUUUUCUCUGUCUUUUCAAGUGGGAAUGGGUGGCUGCCCAUUUGCAUUUGCCUCUCCUGCAAAGGAAGCCUGAGCCCUCCAAGGCUCACCCACCCCACCCCUUCUGCCUAUUUCCAGGGAGAAGAAAACACAAUCAACUUUUUAUUUCAUUUUCCCAAAAGAGACAAAGGUGGAACUUAUAUACAAAUAUUACCUCAUUUGUUGUGUGACUGAGUAAAGAAUUUUGGAUCAAGAAGAAAGAGUUUAAGUGUCAAUAAACUUAAAACUACUGUCGUGUCUAAAAAGUCAGUGUUGUACAUAGCAUAAAAAUCCUUUGCAGAGAAUGAUCCCAAUACAGAAAUAGCUUUGAAAUGUUAAAUACAACUCCUCAAAGUUCUGGUUUUGUUCUAUCAUCUUGUACACCAUUGCUUUUAUUUUUAUAAAUUAUUUUCUCAUUGCCAUUGGAAUAGAGAUCUCAGACUAUGUAGAUAUGCUAUUUAAAUAAUUUAUCAGGAAAUACUGCCUGUAGAGUUAGUAUUUCUGUUUUUUAUAUGUUGCACACUGAAUUGAAGAAAUGUUGGUUUUUCUUGUUUUGUUUUAGUUUGUUUCUUUGGUUUUGUUUUUGGUUUUGCUUUUUACUUCCCAGGUUUGACUAUUUGCCAAUGCCCUGUGUUCUAGGAACGUGCUUUUUUGUACACAUUUUAUCCAUUUUACAUUCUAAAGCAGUGUAACUUGUAUAUUACUGUUUCUUGUGUACAAGGAACAACAAUAAAUCAUAUGGAAGUUUAUAUUUAUA